UUGACUUCAGUGGUGAGCAGGUUUCGUUCACAAACUUCAGAAGUGCGAAUGGUGUGCAUGGUGCGGUACUAUAUUUCGAGCAAGUGGGGAAUUUCAAGCUAGAUUCUCAGUCUUCGGCGUCGGACAAUGUAGCUGGAGAUAGCGACAGUGGAUGUCCAGAGACGGGUGGCUUCAAUUCCGAGUAUUGCGGG